CACUUAAUUUCAAAACAUAAAGAAUAUCUCGAAGACAAAGCAGGAAGAAGAACUGUACUUUCUUCAAUAAUCCAAUCACCAUCACCACCAACACUACCCUAUUCAAUACUAUAUAGUCAAUCUCAAUCCCCGAGCAAUACCCAUUUGGGGCCGGGAGAGGAAACAUUCACAUUCACAUUUCACUUCGAAAUCUGGUCCUUCUGUUCACGGAUUCCUCAAACCAGCAUUUCAUCAAACACGUAACACGUAACACACAACCACCACCAACCACCAUGGCCGGCGGCGAUUCCACCGCCGUACCCUACAACCCCACCUUCAAACCCUCCAAACCCAACCCUCUCUUCAAAAAAUCCAACCUCUACCCCCUCAUCGCCGUCCUCUGCAUCAUCUCCUACCUCCUCGGCGCAUACCAACAAAACCCCACCACCACAACCACCGCCACCGCCACCGCCGUCACCACCACAUGCGCCGAAAACCCAACCAAAACAUCCACUACUAAACUAGACUUCCACUCCCACCACAAUGCCACCACCGCCACCUCCACCCACAAGCGCCGCUACCCACCGUGCAACGCUGCUCUUAGCGACUACACACCCUGCGAGGACCGCGCGCGUUCCCUCCGGUUCCCGCGUGACAAGAUGGUGUACCGCGAGCGGCACUGCCCUGGGAAGAAGGAGCUUCUCAAGUGCCGUGUCCCCGCGCCGCACGGUUACCGGAGCCCAUUCCCCUGGCCGGCGAGCAGGGACAUGGCGUGGUAUGCUAACGUGCCGUACCGCCAUCUCACGGUGGAAAAGGCGGUUCAGAACUGGAUCCGUUACGACGGCGAUAGGUUCCGGUUUCCCGGCGGCGGAACCAUGUUCCCCGACGGCGCUGAUAAGUACAUCGAUGAUAUCGGCGCGCUCAUCAACCUCAGGGACGGUUCGGUUCGGACUGCGGUGGAUACUGGUUGCGGGGUUGCUAGUUGGGGAGCCUAUCUUCUAUCCCGUGACAUAUUAACAGUGUCAAUUGCACCAAGGGACACCCACGAAGCACAGGUUCAGUUUGCUCUUGAACGAGGAGUUCCUGCUCUCAUUGGAGUACUUGCCUCUAAGAGGUUGCCUUUUCCUUCCAGAGCCUUUGACAUGGCACACUGUUCUCGCUGCCUCAUUCCUUGGGCUGAAUAUGAUGGGCUUUAUCUAAAUGAAAUUAAUCGAAUUUUACGCCCUGGUGGGUACUGGAUCCUAUCGGGUCCACCAAUCCGGUGGAAGAAAUAUUGGGAAGGAUGGGAAAGAACAAAGGAGGAUCUGAAUGAAGAGCAAACCAACAUUGAGAAGGUAGCUGAAAGCCUAUGUUGGAAGAAGCUAGUGGAGAAGGGUGACAUUGCAAUUUGGCAGAAAGCUCAAAACCAUUUAGAUUGCAAAGCCAACAGACCUAUCUGCCAGGCAGAGAAUAACCCUGACAAAGCAUGGUACACAGAUAUGCAAACAUGUUUGAGUCCUCUGCCUGAAGUGUCCAGCAAAGAAGAAACUGCUGGUGGGGCAUUGGAAAAUUGGCCUGACAGAGUAAAAGCCACCCCACCAAGGAUUUUCAUGGGGGUCAUAAAGGGGGUUACUUCUGAAACUUUCUCAGAAGACAAUGAGCUUUGGAAGAAAAGGGUAUCAUAUUACAAGAAGGUUAACAAUCAGCUAGGAAAACCUGGGAGAUACCGCAACUUUUUAGACAUGAAUGCCAACUUGGGUGGAUUUGCUGCAGCAUUCAUUAAGUACCCUGUUUGGGUUAUGAAUGUGGUUCCUGUCCAGGCUAAGGUUGAUACACUAGGAGCUGUGUUUGAAAGGGGAUUGAUUGGAAUAUACCAUAAUUGGUGUGAAGCAAUGUCUACUUAUCCUAGAACUUACGACUUAAUUCAUGGUGAUUCGAUUUUCAGCCUUUACAAUGACAGAUGUGAAUUAGAGGACAUUUUGCUAGAAAUGGAUAGGGUUCUUAGACCUGAAGGAAGUGUGAUAAUCCGAGAUGAUGUUGAUAUAUUGAUAAAAGUGAAGAGCAUAGUCAAUGGCAUGGACUGGGAAAGUCAAAUUGUGGACCAUGAAGAUGGACCUCUUGAAAGGGAGAAGCUUUUAUUUGCUGUGAAGAAGUAUUGGACAUCCCCUGCAUCUUCUGACAAGAGUAGUUAAAAUACACUUUUUAGAAGCUGUGUCCUCUUCCACUAGGAAAAAGAAAUCUUAGAGGCCACCUUAUUAUUUGUUUUUUUCCCUCCCUUCCUUUGUUACUUUGCUUUUCUUUUCUUUCUUUUGUUAAGCUGUUAUUCUUUUCUAUUUUUAUUUUCUCACUUCUUUUUCCUUUGUGGGACAAGUGCAAGCAAAUUUCAUUGAAGGAAAAUUCAGUUGAUUGUGUGCAGAA